AUGGGAAGUCGGCGCGGCGCGCGCCCCCAGGGCUAUAAGCGCGCGCGGGCGGCGGAAAGUGAAAGUGGGGCGGCGGCCGCAGGCGCAGCCGCUGGUCGCGUUGGGUGCCGCCGAACCAGCGGGAUGCUCAGGGCUCCGGAGCCGCGGCCCGGGCAGGCGGGAGCGGUCACCCAGGCCAAGCCGCCCACCUCCUUCCUCAUCCAGGACAUCCUGCGGGACAGCAGCGAGCGGCGCGGCAGCCACAGGGACAGCCCGCGGCCCCGGCCCCCGCCCCCGCACCAGCGGGCCGCGGGGCGACACCCCGAGCCGGAGCCCCAGGGGGGAAGUGGGGUCGCCGGAGCGCAGGAGGAUGAGCCGAGCCCUCGGCCCGGCGCCGCGCCCGGGGAGGCCGAGUCGCCGGCGGAGACCGAGCCAGAUAGGCACUUGGAGACUUAUCUGUUGGACUGUGAAAACACUUCAGCCAGCUCCCCGAGCCUCGCCCAAGCUCCCAAGCAGCCGCAGAAGCGCUCCCGCGCCGCCUUCUCCCACACUCAGGUGGUGGAGUUAGAGAGGAAGUUCAGCCACCAGAAGUACCUGUCAGCCCCUGAAAGGGCUCACCUGGCCAGGAACCUCAAGCUCACCGAGACCCAGGUGAAAAUAUGGUUCCAGAACAGACGCUAUAAGACCAAGCGAAAGCAGCUCACCUCGGAGCUGGGCGGCCUGGAGAAGCACGCCCCCCUGCCAGCCCUGAGAGAGGAGGGCCUCUCCCGGGCGCCCUUUCUCUCUCUGUACCACAGCUACCCUCACUACCCCUACCUGUACUGCUGGGGCAGCUGGCACCCGGCUUUCUGGUAGCUGCCAGCACAGACGACAGCCACCCACGUGCAAUCCGAAACUGCCUUCCCCAGGCGCCCUUUCCAACAAGGCCAGAGGGGCCCAGGCCAGGGAGGGCUGGGGAGCAAGAGGCGUGCAGACCACACUGUUGGAGGUGUGCGUGUAAAUUCCAGAUUCUUCACUGGUGGCCCAGGGAAAGAUCUGGGCCAGUGAAUAAUUUAAUAUCUGAACAGUCCCCCCAACACACGACGCAGGUCAUUUUUGCUUUGAGAGACCUGUUUGAAGUGGAGAGGGGUAAAGUCAACUGGUUUCCCGCUCUUGACUGUGGUUUUGUCCAAGCGGUCCACACUGCGUCUGAGAAUUUCGUUCCUGUAACUUCGUUCCCUGAGGUAACUGAGCAGUGACUCUGAGAGAUCAAACCUGAGAAAGGAUGGCCAAGACAAGGAUGUCACCUACUGAAUUAGACUUAAGCUCAAAAGCCUCUUUGGCUUUGGAAUAUGACCCAAGUUUCUCUCUGUCCCUGUGAGAGAGGGAAAUAGAAGAUCUCUCUGAGAAACUGGUCAUGCUCAGCGCACAUUGGCUUGGGCUAUGGAGAUUAGGAGGAGAUGGAAAUAUAAGCUGCUGCUUAUGCCUUUUUCAAGAGUACGGCAACCGAGGUGUGUGCAGUGUGGCCCAAGUAGACCAAGAAGCACUCACUGUGGGUGUAAGACAAGCUGUAGAAACAGAACACUACUGUAAGAAGCGGGCUUAGGCCGUAUGAGUCUCCAUAUGUCCAAGACAGAAGCCAAAGGAGCAGUCUCCACACUGCUGCUGGGGACAUUGCAAUUUUAUUAGCAAAAGGUAAA